CUCUCUCUCUCCCUCUGUGUGUGUAAGUGAGUGAGUGAGGCUCGAGACAGAUCCAGCCAGUCAGACGCCAGCAGUUAAGAGGAGCGCGAGCCGCCUCUGCUCUGUAACCACUCAGCACCACUCUGAACGCUGCACGCGCUGUUGUAUUUCAGGACAGGCAGGGAAGCAGGACCCCGAGAGACCCGGACGACCGGACCAGGACCAGAUCAGCUCAGAAGACACACCAGUGGACUAGUUAAGCAUUAAUUACUGCGAAUACUUAGUGUAGUCCAGCGGACUGUACACUGUGUUGCACACUGUUACACACUGUACAUAGUACCGAUGUCGGAGCUUUCUUCAAGAAGGGACCCUGAGCUUCAGUGAGGGAUGGAUCGGUGCCGGGGAAGCAUGUAGGGGACAGGAUCAUUUUGGAAUAGUAUAGACCUGCUGCUGUGACAUUUUGACAAAGGUGUGGUGGUUGAACUCUGUGGCAGAUCAAGUUUGGAAGGUGUUUUUGUUUCAUUCUGUAAAUAAUAUAAAAUAAUAAGAUUCUGUGACUUGUGGUUGAGCUGUCCUGUAGAGCCUGUCUGCUCAGUGUAACUGCAUGUGGAGCUGUGAUUUUGUCCUGUUCAUGUGCCAUUCCCAUUAUUGUGUCCAGCAGCUGCAGCUCCACUGCAGCCUAUCUGUGCUCAGUGUGUGUAUCAGUGUGGGUUAUUCACAGUGCUGCUAUGCAGACUGACUGGAGCCACGCUCAGACAGCUCCACUGUAACCCUGAUUCUGGGGCACAGGCCUGGACUGCUUGCACAGAAAGGAACCUUUACAGCUGAGGAAAAACUCCCUGCAAGUGUUGAUCCAGAGGGACGACUCGUGCGGAAUAGCAGAUGUUACACAGCUUUGUGUCCUAAUGUAGCAAGAUUAUUCAGGAUGCUGCUAUGCAGACAGAGUGGAGCCACGGAAAACCUGCUGGUGAAGUUAAAGUAACACACACAACUGCAGAUUCUGUUAGUGCAGCUAGUGUUACACAGCUGAAAGUUUGUCUUAUUGAACCAAACUCACACUAGUUGAGUAUGAGUACAUUCUAAAUUAAAGUCUCACAUAGACUGGGACCAAAGGUUGUGUCAAAGUCCCCACUGACUUUCUUACAGUAAUGAAGCAAAUGCUUCCAGCAAGAGAAAGUUCAGAAAGAUGACAUUCAGUGAGUGAAAUAUUUUGUUGGACAGGCUUUAGUUCAGUUUAAUUUACAUUUUGCAUAUUGAAAAUAAGAUUUGUUGUUUCACUUCAGCUUGUUAGUUACACUAAUUGUUGGAAAAUGAAGAACCCUCAUCCACUGAGUAAUACCUGGAAUAGAUCCUUGAACAAAGACCCAGUACUGAUCACUGCGCCAGGCACUAACAAGAAGUUCAAGAGGAAGUCCCGGGAGCCUAAGAGGCUUUUCAGCGACCCUGAGCCUGAGAAGAUGAAAACCUACCCAGCGGACAUGUCUGAUGCGGACUCUGUGGAUGAGACAGAGGCCUGUAGUGUCAGCAGGUUGGCUCCGUUACAGAGGCAGCUGAUGAUGUCACAGGAGGCGAUGGCCAGCACUGCAGGGAUUCUGUCAGGACUGCCAGAACGCAACGUAGCUCCAGCUCAGAGUGGUGCCAUAGACAUGAGAAUUGGGAUUAAUGUGCCUGCCAUCACUUCUAAACCGUCCCAGUUACCUGCCUUCUCUAACCCAGAGAUCUCCCACUGGCCCACGGCCAUCUCCCAGCCUCUGUCCAACAGACUCAAACUGGGCCUCCGCUCCACUUUCCCUCUGUCAACAUCUACCAGCAGCCAUAGCCACUCACCCAGCCAGCAGGUCUUCUCCCUGGAUCCCCCUCAGUCAGGCCAGAGUGCAGCUCUGUCAGUCCCUAGAGCCUCCCAGACCUCCCAGUGUCACGAUCACACGACGCCCCAGGUCCAGUCACCUAAGGUGAAUGAGUCUCCCAGGAAGCGGCUUGUGGGGUGUGACGAGGGCCCUGGGCGUCUUCCAGAGGUCAAAGCCAUCCAGCAGACCAGGAGGCUACUAGCCAACGCCCGAGAGAGGACCCGUGUCCACACCAUCAGUGCUGCGUUUGAGGCCCUAAGAAAGCAGGUGCCAUGCUAUUCCUAUGGGCAGAAGCUAUCCAAGCUGGCGAUUCUACGAAUAGCCUGCAACUACAUCCUGUCUCUAGCUCAGUUGGCUGAGCUGGACUACAGUUCAGACCACAGCAGUUUGAGCUUCUCUCAGUGUGUGGAACAGUGCACCAGGACCCUGCAGGCCGAGGGCAGGAGCAAGAAGAGGAAGGAGUGAAGCUGACAGCAGUGGACAGGUCCAACACAUACCCCUUUGACAAAACUAUGUGGAUGCAGCACACUGGGAGGACGAGAGGAAAUGGACAAAUGGACAGGAUGAUUUAUACAUAUGUUGUUAUGAGUUGCUUUCACCACACAUUGCCAGAUUAACUAACAUAUCUAAGAUGAAAAGUUCUGUAUGUCGAGGCCAUGACAGCUAACUGAUUAAAAAGAUUCAGCAAACAGAAUCCUUCAGCAAUAAUCUUCACUCAACUAUGCAUACAGCUACACAUAUUGCAUUACUGUGCUCCAAUUCUGCAUUUUCCACUGCCACCCUUUCAAUUCCAUGUUUGAGUCUGUAUUUCCUGGCAAACCUAAUUUCUGUGCUGAAAUCAUCAGAGCAUGCAGCUGGUCUGGUGGCAGGUGUGUAAAAAGCUCCAGUUUAAUGAGCAGAAAACAUUUGAAAUCAAACUGCAGUUCAAGAAGCUCAUUCAUUCAUUGGUUUUUAUAUUAGACGUUUGCUUUAUAGUUUAUGUGCCUGUUAUAUUUCAAAAUAUGCAAAUUGUUUAUUCAAUAAAAAUAAAAAUAAAAAGUAA